GAGAAAGGGAUGCAGGAGAGAGAGCUGUGGAAUUGGAGGGUCUUGGAGAGCAUCUCCUCUUAGCCUUCCUAGUGGUGACAACAUAUCGCGUCACAGGGGAGACACAGAUGGGAAGCAGAUCAACUGGAUUCAGGAGAACCACUUCCGCUGGAUACCAGUUACCAGCAGCCAGACCUUUGGUGGAACUCGCCUCAUCCUCGUCUCCUUCUCUCAGCACCACCCAGCAUGGGAAAGCUCUGCCUGCCAAUCGGGUCUUAGCACAACAGGCAGCCCGGGCCCGGGAGGAGGAGCAGGCAGCACUGCAGAGGGACCCAGUUCGACAGGACAAGAUCUGGAGGGAGUUUAUGGAUGCUGAGUGGAGGGGAAGAAAAUAUUGGUACCAGAAUUGGGGCUUCAUGAAGGACUAUGAUCCAAUGGGUAAGAAAAAGGAGCAGGAGCAACUGCCCGAGUAUAUGCCUGUGUUCUCAGACAAAAUUCCCAACACCACCAACCAGACUAUCGGCAGUAGAAUGAACACUGAAAUUGGCAAAACUCUAGUAAACAUGGAUUACUUCCUCAGCUGUGGAAGACAAAAGAAGAAACUUGAGCAUGAGUUCCAGCCCUCCUAGUGUUAGAAAGAAAAUAUCCCUAACAAGAUAUGUGGCAGGAUUCAAGCUAACAAUCUUUUUAGAGUCUCACAGUAAUGAAGUUACAAAGCAUCAAAUCCUUUCUUGAUAUCACUGUCUUGCAUGGCAUUUUUUCAUGAGCAAAGGUGGACCUUGUGCUUAAAAAUCUUCUGGGGAGAUCCUCUUAAUAUUUGGAGUGAUCAGAUUAGAGUGGAUAUAAACAUGUGUUGUUUAGAUCACAGGGUCCAAUCAUGCUCCAAUCAAAGAAAAUGGCAUUAACUUCAGAGGGAACAGGGUCACCACCAGAAAAGAAACCCUAACUUAUCUAAGAUUGGUCACAAGAUCUUGCCAGAUGCAAGAUAUUAUAAUAUUUUAAUUUCAAAGUAAUCAGUGCACUAGAUAGCAGCAGUCCCUUGUGUUCCGUUUAUCUAACUAGGGUUUUUAAAUCACACUCCCCAUCACCUCAAUGUCUAACCUCAUCACUAAAAGUAAAAACCAAGAUGAUGAAAACCUCUGUUCUAAUUUUUCUCCCUACUUCUGUGGAAAUGGAUGCAGUUUUCCAUGUUUUUAAUUUGCUUUUUCCCUUUUCCUUCCUUUUACUACUACUACUUCCUUCCUCUUUCUCUUCUCCUCUCUGUCUGAUUUAGUUGUGUCUGGGGGAACACUAACACAAAGAAGAGGGUUUUACACUCUGCUCUGGAGGCACUGGUAGUCAUUCUGAUCUCCUUCAGUGAUAAGUUCCAAGG